CAUCGCCCGAGGUGCUGCUGGCGCCCACCCGGACCCCUGGGGAGGCGAUGGGGGACCACCGAGAGGCCGGCGACGUCAACUCUAACUUGCUCAUCACCUUCAGCACGGGGGACCUGCAGCUGGACAAGGCCAUCCGGCAGUGGCUGACCUGGGACAAGAAUCCGAAAACAAAAGAGCAAAUUGAAAACCUGUUACGAAAUGGGAAGAAUAAGGAGCUGCGGGACCGCUUAUGCCGUAGGCUUACCUUUGGAACUGCCGGGCUCCGCUCUGCCAUGGGGGCCGGCUUUUGCUACAUCAAUGAUCUUACUGUGAUCCAGUCAACACAGGGGAUGUACAAAUACCUUGAGAAAUCAUUUCCAGACUUCAAGCAACGUGGUUUUGUUGUUGGAUAUGACACGCGAGGUCAGAUAACCAGCAGUUGCAGCAGCUUAAGACUUGCAAAGCUCACAGCAGCAGUCCUGCUUGCUAAGGGUGUACCUGUCUACCUGUUCUCAAGAUAUGUUCCCACUCCUUUUGUGCCCUACGCUGUUAAGCAGCUCAGAGCUGUAGCUGGGGUGAUGAUUACUGCUUCCCAUAACCGUAAGGAAGACAAUGGCUACAAGGUAUACUGGGAAAAUGGCGCUCAGAUCACAUCUCCUCAUGACAAAGAAAUCCUGAAGUGUAUAGAAGAAUGUGUUGAGCCGUGGAACGACUCCUGGAAUGAGAAUCUGGUAGAGAGCAGCCCUCUUAUGCAAGAUCCCUUGAAGGAAAUCUGUGCAAGCUACAUGGAGGAUCUGAAAAAGAUCUGUUACCAUAGGGAGCUGAACACAAAGAGCAGCUUGAAAUUCGUUCACACGUCCUUUCAUGGGGUUGGGCACGACUACGUGCAGUUGGCUUUUCAGGCAUUUGGCUUUCAACCUCCCAUUCCAGUUCCUGAACAAAAAGACCCAGAUCCAGAUUUCUCCACUGUAAAAUGUCCGAAUCCUGAAGAAGGAGAAUCUGUGCUAGAAUUGUCUUUGCGACUUGCGGAGAAGGAAGGUGCCAGUGUGGUAUUGGCAACUGAUCCUGAUGCAGACAGAUUAGCUGUGGCAGAACUGCAGAAGAACGGCCGCUGGAAAGUCUUCACUGGCAAUGAGCUGGCAGCGUUGUUUGGGUGGUGGAUGUUUACUUGUUGGAAGGAGAAUUGUUCCAAAGAUGCCGAUGUCAAGAAUGUUUACAUGCUGGCCACCACGGUCUCCUCUAAGAUCCUGAAGGCCAUCGCACAAAAAGAAGGAUUUCACUUUGAAGAUACACUCCCUGGCUUCAAAUCGAUUGGCAGCAGAGUUAAAAACCUCCUGGACAGCGGCAAAGAAGUCCUUUUUGCCUUUGAAGAGUCCAUUGGCUUCAUGUGUGGCACUUCCGUGCUGGACAAAGAUGGCGUCAGCGCAGCUGUGGUGAUUGCAGAAAUGGCUGCUUAUCUAGAUACCAAGAGCCAAAUGCUGGCAUCCCAACUAACAGAAAUAUAUAAAAUGUAUGGCUACCACAUUUCAAAAACCUCGUAUUUCCUGUGUUAUGAUCCUCCUACUAUCAAAAGGAUAUUUGAAAGACUCCGAAACUUUACAUCGCCUAAUUCUUACCCAGCAGUUUGUGGCACUUUCAGUAUAUUGGACAUCCGGGAUGUGACCACUGGGUAUGAUAGCAGCCAGCCAAAUAAGAAGUCGGUACUGCCUGUGAGUAAAAACAGUCAGAUGAUCACCUUCACCUUUCAGAAUGGCUGUGUCGCCACCCUUCGGACAAGUGGUACUGAACCAAAGAUAAAAUAUUAUGCAGAGAUGUGCGCACCACCGGAACAGAGUGACACGGUCUUCCUGGAAGAGGAUCUACAGAACCUCAUUGAUGCCCUGAUUGAGAAUUUCCUGGAGCCUAGUAAGAAUGGACUAAUCUGGCGUUCGGUGUAGCCUUCCUCCUGCUGCUGCUGCCGCCAUUGGCUGUGAUAGCAGUCACUCCAUGCACUGCGUAACGUGGAACAAAGGAACCAAGAUGAUAACUCCUGUUUGCAUUUAUAUAUAUAUACACUAUAUAGAUAUAUAUAUGAAUGCCUGUGUGUGUGUGUUUUAUAUAUAGAUAUAUAUGUUCCUUAGCCAGCAUAUUUAUAUGGAAGCAGUAUCGUUUUGUUAGCUUUCUUUCCAAAAUGAGAAGCAGGUUACCAGACAGCUUUGGGCUCCCAUAGAGAUCCAUCAAGCCAAAAGGAAAGGGCUGAGCAGGUUCUGGCAAAUUUGCCAGGAGUGAUUGGUGAAAGGGACUUCCUCUACCACCUGCUUGUAUUAAACCAGUGUUGGGUAUCUAAAGUCUUCAACUUGCUCAGUCCCUUGGCAGCUGGCCUGGAUGAUCAUAUUGAACUGGCAGAAUGGUCCUGCUUCUUUGUAGCUGUUUUGAGUGUAGGUAUCUUUACUGUACUGUUGAGUCUUACCUUUUUUAAAAAAAAAAAUCAGUCUGUUCAGUAGAAUUCAGUACUUAGGGUUUUCUAGUGCAGAAGCUGUUUAGAAGUCAUAAAGGUUCCAGCUCUUUAAAUCUCUUCUUUUGAAAGGUGCUCUUUGUGCAUUGUAUUCUUAUCUGUCUGUGUAUUUGCUGAAGUUUACUCGACAGUUAAGCAGUAGUGGCAAGCUACAUCAUACGAGGUGUAAAAGCAGGUAUGAUGGACCACCUCGUUCCUCUUUUGGCCCUCGGACUGCCUCCCGGGCUUCUUGGGAGUUAGGAAGCAAGGCAGAAUGCAGACCUCUUGGCUCAAGGGGAUACAAAAUUGAUCAUUGCUGUGCCUGCUUUGCCUUCACUUGCCAUAGUUAGAAAUCCCUCUAGAGUCACUCCAG